AUGGCAUCUCCGAUUUUACCUGACAACGUCGAUUCAUCAGCACCAUCAUCACAAACCAAUUCACCCAAUGCUGAUGAGGAUUCACAAGUUCAACAGCAUCUCAACUCGGACUCCAAUCCAAACCACGACUCGGAUCCUGAUUUAGAAACCAAUCUCGAACACAGUUUGACUCUUGAUUCAGGUUCCAAGCAAAGACUUAUUCAGGGACCCAAGCCAAACUACGGUUUGAAUCUUGGUUUAAAUCCCAAUCCAAACCACGACUCGAAUCUUGAUUUAGAAACCAAUCUCGAACACAGUUUGACUCUUGAUUCAGGUUCCAAGCAAAGACUUAUUCAGGGAUCCAAGCCAAACUACGGUUUGAAUCUUGGUUUAAAUCCCAAUCCAAACUUUCAAGUUUCUGUACCAAAAUCCAAACCUUCUACCCAUUUGGACACAAGCGCUAAAACCCAAUUAAAACAAGCGUCCAUGUUGAAAGAUCAAGCUAUUUUGAGCGCUCACAAUGCACUUUCACUCAAACUCCGAGUGAUUAAACUUGAGAGAAAGUUAAAAAAGUGUCUAAAAGAAUUGGAAGCUAGUGUAAAUUCCGAUACUAGUGCAGACAAUGAAUCCAAACAGGAUACACAGACUAAAGAACGUGAUGCUGCUCGAUGCGAUAAAAUUAAAGAAAAGAUAGCCAGGCUGAGCGCAAAAAUCAGAUCUAAAACAAAAAAAGCAUCUGAUUAUAUGGAUGAAAGCAACGAUGCGCACAGUAAAUUUGUGGAGCAUUGGUUUAAUAAAUAG